UAAAACACCCAGACCAGAGUCUGCAGCACACAGCUGUGUGCAACAAAGCAGCAAAGCAACACACUCUGGGGGAGGACCACAGAGACACAGACCUCCAUCUCCAGUGCCCAGCUGUGUGUCCAUGAGGAGCGAUAAGUCCAUGGGUGAUCCACCCACAUUCAGCAAUGAACCAGUUCCAUCACGUCUAAAACCACAGAGACACAGACCUCCAUCUCCAGUGCCCAGUUGUGUGUCCAUGAAGAGCGAUAAGUCCAUGGGUGAUCCACCCACAUUCAGCAAUGAACCAGUUCCAUCACGUCUAAAUGAGUCGAAGGAUUGCAGAAGGAGGGAACCAGAUGACCUAAGGAGAGUUAUGGAGAAUCACAAAGCCAGUCUGAAGAGGAGGUUUGAGAACAUAUCUGAAGGCAUCAUAAAACCAGGAGCUGAGAUACUCCUCAAUAAGAUCUACACAGAGCUCUACAUCACAGAAGGAGAGAGUGAAGGGGUGAAUAAGGAACAUGAGGUUUGGCAGCUAGAGUCAGCAUCCAGAUCUCAAUCCACAGAAGACACACCAAUAAACUACAACGACAUAUUCAAGCCCUUACCUGGACAGAAGAAGCACAUCAGAACUGUGAUGACCAAAGGUGUUGCAGGCAUUGGAAAAACAGUCUCAGUGCAGAAAUUCAUUCUUGAUUGGACAGACGGGGUAGCCAAUCAUGAUGUAGAUUUUAUGUUUCCCCUUUCCUUCCGUGAGCUGAAUUUAGUCAAAAUUGAUAAAUGCAGUCUUCACAGGCUCCUGCUUGAAUUCCAUCCUGAACUGAAGGAGCUUAAUGAUGGUGAAGGAUACAGAGACUGUCAGGUUGUGUUCAUCUUUGAUGGUUUGGAUGAGAGUCGGUUGACUCUGGAUAUGGAACAGAAAAGUAAGACGUCUAAUGUAAAACAAUCAUCAGUAGAUAUUCUGAUCACAAGCCUUAUUGAGGGAACUCUGUUUCCCUCUGCAUUCAUCUGGAUAACCUCACGACCAGCAGCAGCCAGUCAAAUUCCUUCUCAGUAUAUCGACCAGAUAACAGAAGUACGAGGAUUUAAUGACACACAGAAGGAAGAAUACUUCAGGAAGAGAAUCAAUGAUGAGAGCCAGGCCAACAGAAUCAUCUCACACAUCCAGGCAUCCAGGAGUCUCCACAUUAUGUGCCACAUUCCAGUUUUCUGUUGGAUUGCAGCUACUGUACUUCAGCAGAUGCUGAAAAAAAAAAACAUAAAAAAAAUUCCCAAAACACUGACUGAGAUGUUCAUACACUUCCUGCUCAUCCAGACCACAAGGAAGGAUCAGAAAUACCAUAGAGGAACUGAAGCAGAUCAAAAUAAACUACUUGAAUCUCAAAGAGACAAUCUGCUGAAGCUGGCACAACUGGCUUUCAAAAGUUUGGAAAAUGGGAAUCUGCUGUUUUAUGAGGAAGACCUGCAAGAGUGUGCCAUUGAUGUCAGUGAAGCCUCAGUGUAUUCUGGCAUGUGUACUGAGAUCUUCAAGGAAGAAUCUGUGUUUCACCAAAGGAAGGUCUUCUGCUUUGUGCAUCUUAGUGUCCAGGAGUUUGUGGCAGCCCUAUAUGUGUUUCACUCUUAUGUGACUGAGAACCUUGAGGCACUGAAAUCCCUCAUCAGACAGGGAGCUGAUCCCAAAACCUCAAUUUUAUCAUCUCUUCAAACAAUGCUGGGUUUACAAUCGCGGGAUAAUCUACAUGUGCUGCUCAAGAGUGCAGUGGAUGAAGCUUUGAAGAGUACCAAUGGACACCUGGAUCUUUUCCUUCGCUUCCUUAUGGGCAUUUCUCUGGAGAGCAAUCAAAGACUUUUACAGGGUCUUCUGAACCAAACAUACAGCACAUCAAAUAGUAUUAAAGAAACAUGUCAGUAUAUGAAGAAGCUCAACAGAGAAGAUCUCUCUCCAGAACGAUGCAUUAAUCUUUUCCACUGCUUAUUUGAAAUGAAUGAUCAUUCCAUGCACAAAGAAAUUCAGACAUACUUGUCGUCACCAAAGAACAUCAAACAGAAGUUAUCUCCUGCCCACUGUUCAGCACUGGCCCACAUGCUUUUGAUGUCUGAGGAGGUGCUGGAUGAGAUUGACCUGAAGAAAUACAACACAUCAGAUGAGGGACGCAGAAGACUGAUCCCAGCUGUGAGGUGCUGCAGAAAGGCACGACUUGCUGAAUCCAAACUCUCAGAGAACUCCUGUGGAAUUGUGGCUACUGUUCUACAGUCACCAAACUUCCUGAUAGAGCUGGACCUGAGUCACAAUGACCUGGGAGAUUCUGGAGUCCAUCUUCUCUCUAAGGGACUGUAUAGUCAUAACUGCAAACUACAGACGUUAAGGCUCAGUAACUGUGGUAUCUCAGAUGAAGGUUAUGUUUGUCUGGCUCUCACUCUGAUGUUAAACCCCUCAUGUGUGAAAGAGCUGGAUGUGAGCAACAAUCAUCCUGGAGAAUCAGCACAGAAACUGUUAUCUGCUACACUAGAGGAUCCUCAUCGCAAAGUUGAAGCACUUCAAUUUGCUGACUGUAAACUUACAGAUAAGUCCUGUGAGAUUGUUUCUUCAGUUCUACAAUCACCAAACUCACUGCUACAGCUGGACUUGAAUCACAAUGAUCUGGGGGAUUCUGGAGUUCAGCUUCUCUCUAAAGGACUGUCCAGUUUUAACUGCAAAAUACACACAUUAAGGCUCUCUGAUUGUCUCAUCACAGAGAAGGGUUGUGGUUUUCUGGCUUCAGCUCUGACUUCAAACCCCUCCCAUCUAAAAGAACUGGACCUGAGCUGCAAUAGUCCUGGAGAAUCAGGACUGAAGCUGUUAUCUGCUAGACUGGAUGAUCCUGCCUGUAAACUGGAGAUACUCAAAACUGACCAUGCUUCUGUAAGCGUAGCAAGAUCACGUUUGCUGAAAUAUGCCUGUGAGCUCACACUGGACCCAAACACAGCAGGCAGAAAUCUCUCUCUCUCUGAGGAUAACAGAAAGGUGGCAAGUGUGGAUGAGGAACAGCCGUAUCGUGACCACCCGGAGAGAUUUGAUGGACAUCAGGUUUUGUGUAGAGAGGGUCUGACCGGACGCUGCUACUGGGAGGUUGACUGGACGGACGGUAUAUAUUGGCAUGUUACUGUUUAUAUAGCUGUGGCCUAUAAAAGCAUCAAGAGGAAAGGGAAGGAUGCUGUAAUGGGAGAAAAUGCUAAGUCCUGGAGUGUGUGGAGAAAUUGUGGCAGUCCAACACGAGUCCAAGAAGCCGGUUACCAUGCUGCACACAAUAAUGAGCACACUUUCAUACCUGAACCCUAUGGCCCCAAUACAGUAGGAGUGUAUCUGGACUGGCCGGCCGGCACUUUGUCCUUCUACCGCAUCUGCUCUGAUACACUCAUCCACCUGCACACGUUCCACUCCACAUUUACUGAGCCCCUCUGUCCAGGGUUUUGGGUUAAGGAUGAUGUCUCAGCGUCCUUGCGCCAGAUCACAUGAGAGGGCUCAGGGUUUGUUCUUGCUCCUCAGUGU